GUUGUGUCUAUAUAUCUACCACUCCCAUCUUCAAAAUGCCUAAGAGAGUGGACAUCAACAACACACCAUUUUCAUGUAUCUCAUCAAGUAAAAAUACAAGAUUGCGUUUGCUCUUCUUCUUUCUUCUUCUUCUUCUUCUUCUUCCUCUUUAGAAUCUUCUAUUUCCUGUCAAAAAAAGAGAAAAGAAAACAUGAUGAUUUCCACCGCGAAAGCUCAAUGUUUGCCACUCAAGUUCUGCCUCAUGUCUCAAGAUCUUUGAAUUCUACACACUCACUACUCCUCUGUUCCGCGUUUUACGCCUUUUUUCUUCACCAUUGUUUGCUUCUUUGCAGUCGAAACCAUAUUGGUAUUUUUUCAGUGUUAAUGGCGCACUGAGUCUGUGUAAAAGCCGUUAACCUUUCCCCUGCCAAAUUUAUUAUUUUUCUCACACCCAUCAAAAGAAAAAAGAUAACAAAUGGGUCAGAGCAAGUUGCCAUAAAGGUCCCAACAGAAGAAGAAAAGACAAGUUUCCCCGUGUCACUUUGUCACAAGCUUCAUCACUAUUUAUAACUACCUUGCCAAGAAGAAAGCCAUAACUGUUUCUUUGUCCCUAAAGAUCAUCAAAAAGAUGUCGAUCUCUCGUACCCGAAGCUUCUUCGAAAGAUUCUGCGUCGAUGAAUACAAUAUUGACACAAUCAAACAGAGUAGUUUCCUCUCUGCUGAUCUCUUACCAUCUCUUGGAGCAAGAAUUAACCAAUCUACUAAGCUCCGUAAACACAUAAUCUCUCCUUUUAAUCCACGAUAUAGAGCAUGGGAGUUGUGGCUAGUCUUGCUAGUUAUUUACUCAGCCUGGAUUUGCCCAUUUCAGUUUGCUUUCAUCACAUACAAAAAAGACGCGAUUUUCAUCAUCGACAACAUUGUUAAUGGCUUCUUUGCCAUUGAUAUUAUUCUCACCUUCUUCGUCGCUUAUCUCGAUAGCCACUCCUAUCUCCUAGUUGACAAUCCUAAGAAAAUAGCAAUAAGGUACCUUUCGACAUGGUUUGCUUUUGAUGUGUGUUCCACCGCACCAUUUCAGCCAUUGAGCCUCUUGUUUAACUACAACGGAAGCGAACUAGGAUUCAGAAUUCUCAGCAUGCUCAGGUUAUGGCGUCUCCGAAGAGUUAGCUCGCUCUUUGCAAGGCUUGAGAAAGAUAUACGUUUCAACUAUUUCUGGAUACGAUGCACAAAACUCAUCUCGGUCACUUUGUUCGCUGUACAUUGUGCUGGAUGUUUCAACUACCUGAUUGCAGAUAGAUAUCCAAAUCCAAGAAAGACAUGGAUUGGAGCUGUGUAUCCAAAUUUCAAAGAAGCAAGUCUCUGGACUAGAUACGUGACCGCGCUUUACUGGUCAAUCACGACAUUAACGACCACUGGAUAUGGAGAUUUGCAUCCUGAGAAUCCUAGAGAAAUGCUUUUCGACAUUUUCUUCAUGCUGUUCAACCUCGGCUUGACGGCUUACCUCAUUGGAAAUAUGACCAACCUCGUCGUUCAUUGGACUAGCCGAACCAGAAUCUUUAGGGAUACAGUUAGAGCUGCAUCAGAGUUUGCAUCAAGAAAUCAACUCCCACAUGACAUACAAGACCAGAUGUUAUCACACAUUUGCUUAAAGUUCAAGACAGAAGGAUUGAAACAACAAGAGACCUUGAACAAUCUACCAAAAGCAAUCCGGUCUAGCAUUGCAAACUACCUCUUCUUCCCCAUUGUUCAAAACAUUUAUCUAUUUCAAGGAGUUUCGCGUAACUUCCUCUUUCAACUGGUUUCAGAUAUAGAUGCUGAGUAUUUCCCACCUAAAGAAGAUAUAAUCCUACAAAACGAAGCUCCUACGGAUCUUUACAUUCUUGUCUCAGGAGCAGUGGACUUUACAGUAUAUGUUGAUGGACAUGAUCAGAUUCAAGGGAAGGCAGUUAUUGGAGAUUCUUUUGGAGAGAUUGGUGUUUUAUGCUAUAGACCACAACCAUUCACGGUAAGAACAACCGAGCUGUCUCAAAUUCUUCGGAUAAGCAGAACGUCGCUGAUGAGCGCGAUGCACGCUCAUGCUGAAGAUGGAAGGAUUAUAAUGAACAAUCUAUUCAUGAAACUUAGAGGACAACAGGCAAUAGCAAUUGAAGAUUCGAAUAGUGGUCAAGAAAACAGAGAUUCCAAAAUAAUGGGAUGGGAAGAGUGGAGAGAUUCAAGAAAAGAUGGGUAUGGUUUAGAUGUUACGAAUCCGAUUUCCGACAAUGCUCUAAUGGAUGCAAUUCAUAAGGGAGAUACUGACUUGGUUAAGAAGAUACUUCAAGAACAAAAGUUAGAGAGAGCUAAAGAGGAAAGAUCAAAUUGUGAACCGAAAGAAGAUAUGUAUUGCAGCUCAAGCAACCAAACCAUCAAGCCAUGUAAAAGAGAGGAGAAGAGAGUUACCAUCCACAUGAUGUCACAGCGCAAGAAUGGGAAGUUGAUACUCUUACCAUCAUCCAUAGAAGAGCUUCUAAGACUUGCAAGUGAAAAGUUUGGAGGUUGCAGCUUCUCAAAGAUCACCAAUGCAGACAACGCCGAGAUUGACGAUUUAAAUGUGAUUUGGGAUGGUGAUCAUUUGUACUUUUCAUCAAAUUGAGUUUCAAAACUCAGACUUCAUUCAUAGAGCAUGUAUAUCUGCAGGUAAAAUAUACAUAUUCCACAAAAGUGAGUUUGUCUUCGUUAGUAAUUGAACUUAAGGUUAUCAAACUCUAACAUGUAACCAUCUAAAGUUUCUUUUGUGAGAAAAAACAAAUUAAAUGUUGUUGUUAGGGUGAAUUGUAACUGCACAUC